AUGUCCUUCCAGCGCUCCAGCGCCCUCGAAUCCCAGCCCACAACCUGGCGCAGAGAAGACGACCCCUCGUACGCCGACGACCCCGAGUUCCGCGACUUUGCCAGCAAACUCUCCGACGACCUUUUCGCCCUCACCCGCAAUGUCGCCCGCCUCUCAACCGAAGUCGCCAAGGUCGGCACCAAGCACGAGACCGCCCGUGUCCGCGAGCGCGUCAAGACCACCGUCGAGGAGACGUCGGAGAAAUUCAAGGAGAUUGGCCAAGGUGUCAAGAAGAUCACUACAUGGCCUGACGUCGGGCCCUCGCAGAAAUUCACCCAGUCCAAACUCCAACGCGAAUUCAAAGCCUCCCUGACCGAAUUCCAACAACUCCAAAAGACCGCGCUCGACAAGGAAAAAGCAUCUGCACAAGCCGCCCGCGCCGCCCUCGACUCCCCCUCCUCCCCCUCCGCCCACCAACCCCACCUCCAACAGCAACAGCAGCAAGACCAGCUCCAACUCCGACUCGCCAACCAAGACGAAGUCGACUUCCAAGAAUCCCUCAUCAUCGAACGCGAAUCCGAAAUCCGCAAUAUCGAACAGAGCGUCGGCGAACUCAAUGAGCUGUUUAGAGAUGUCGCUCACAUGGUGCAUGAGCAGGGCGCUCAGCUCGAUAUCAUAGAGGAGAAUGUAGAGGUCACGCAUGAUGCGAGUCGUGGCGCCCAUGUCAAUCUGAAACAGGCGAGUAAUUAUCAGAAGAGCGCGAGGAGUAAGGCGUGUAUUCUGCUGCUGAUUAUGAGUAUCGUCCUGGUUAUUAUCAUUUUGGCUGUCGUGCUGGAUUGA